CACCAUUCUCGUAAACACAUGGUGUUUUGCUCUUUCACAACACUCACCGACGGCUCAGAGCAAAGAGAUCGCGUGCUAUUCCCCGUAUUUCGGAAGGCGUUCCUCAACCCUCCGGAUCAGAAAACUCCAACUCCUGAAUUUACGGUCACCGUCUGCGGCAAGGAUGCUAAGGCGAGUCGCUCUCCCGUUCUUGGGUAGAGCAGGACAACGUCUUUCGUCGACGGAUAUCCCUGAAAAGCAUCUCGACAAAUUCGAUGUCGAUAAUCCGAAUUACACGAAGUUUGAGGUCGUCAGCGACCCAGAUGUUUGGAGUCAUGUAGAGCGUUUGAUGCCGAAGAAAAUAGUCCCGCCAUCUCCUACAGAAGGAGGGCCUUCCGGCUGGACGCCCGUUCGGCUCACGAGAGAAGAGGCAAGGGAGCUCCCUUAUUUUGUUCAACGGACGCGGAACCAUAUGCUGCCGGUAUACCAGAGGGUCGAUAUCCGUGGACCGCGUUACGUUACGGUCGUUCGCAAAGUCCAAGGCGAUCCCUGGGCUCUGAGGAAUGCGCUGAAAGAGCACAUCAAACAAAUUAGGGGAACUGAUGACGUCACGACGAUGGUCAAUGAGCUCACACAAACGGUGGGCAUCAAAGGACAGCUCGUGGAGGAAGUGAAGGACUUCCUGAUUAUGAAGGGCUUCUAGACUUUACUGAAACCUUCUUUUGUAAUUAUAUGCUAGCUACAAAUAAAUGAGUCGUUGGUA